GCAUGCACUGUGUAUUGUGUAGGCGUUGGCGACUAGACCAAGUGUGGUUACAUUGAAUUGUCAUUUGACGAAGUUGAAGACAAAUCACGGCUGAAAAAGGCCCGUCGUCUCGCCACCAAGUGCCACCGCUGUACCAUCAACACCCCAUAAACUGUUAUUAAACCCCAGCAGACGUGAGUGAUUCGUGGGACAUAUGUAGUCUAACCGGCAGUGCAUAUUUCACAAGUGUUUGUAAAAUAAUCUUCUCCCUACCCAAGAUGAAACAGUGAAUCAUAGCUCAUAAUAAUGAAUCUCGCGUGAAUAAAUCGAGUAUUAACGAGUAAAAUGUAAAGUGUGUGUUUGAAAUGUUUAAUUAUUUGGAGAAUACACUCUGUGGAGGAUCUCAAUACAACAAAUUGCCAAAAGACGUCUCAGAUGUGCUCAAUUUCUUACAACGGCUGUCAAUAAUUCAAUAAUAGAAUUCAGUCUCAACUGUCGACCCGAGAGGCAACUCGUAAAGCUGGACUGUGAUACACUGUGUAAAAAGACUUCAGGCAUGUCCAACAAUCAGCUCGUUGAUUCGUGUCUGCUGGUGAAUCGGAGGGUUGAGCAGCGUCAAGAGCACAAUGUAACACGAAUCGAAAUUAAGAAGAGUGGUCCAACUGAAACGGAUUACCACAGCAGCAAUGGACAAGCGGAAACUCACUCUGUCCACUCGUCCCAAUUGUCCGUUCAGGAUGAUCCAUUGCUACGAGGGCACAAUCAACAGACAUCCCAGCAAAUAACAUCAGUAACCAAAGUAAUCCGUGAGGUUUCCCACAUAGAGCCCGAGGCUGGGGCAGUUAAUUACAUCCCAGUGCCGCUAAUGUCUCAAGAGUAUCCCCAUGGGGAUCCCUGCUAUGCAGCCGAUCCCUACAUGGUUAAUUUCGAUCACUAUGAUCCUUAUGUUGGAUAUGCAACACAGGCUGAGUAUCCAGCCCCUCAUGCUGCUUAUGCACCGGACUCACACUCACCACACAGUCCACAUAGUCCCUCGGAUCACAGUCGUACGACACCACCACAUGAAUACCUCCGCAAAGGUCCCCAAUACGUCGAAGGUGGUUACAACGACAUGGAGUCUGUGCUGAAUCCAGCCCUCCAGGACCACUACAGAAUAACCCCAAGCCCAGGAGGGCCAGGUGACCAAUACGAUGAAAGUAAAGUGGCCUACGGUUACGUCUCGCCAUCGCCCUACGGUCCAGUGGCCUACGGUCCCACCAUAGGUGUCCCCCCAGUGGCAAUAUCCAGCGAGGGCCCAUCCUACGACGAAUCCCACCAAGUGCAGCUGCCCGUUAGUCUCGCCCCAGGAAUGUUCGAGGACGAUUUGCACCUCCAACGACUCCAGACACGACACUCAGUGCCAGGAAUGGCAAGCCCCCUCGGUGAUGAUCCAAAAUCCAUGCGCUGGCGAGAUCCAAAUCUCUCUGAAGUCAUUGGUUUCUUGAGCAAUCCAAAUAACAUCAUAAAGGCCAAUGCAGCUGCUUAUCUUCAGCAUCUCUGCUACAUGGACGAUCCUAACAAGCAGAAAACAAGAUCACUGGGGGGUAUUCCACCUCUCGUACAACUACUGGAGAAUGAGAGCCCCGAUGUGUACAGAAAUGCCUGCGGUGCAUUGAGAAAUUUGUCUUACGGACGUCAGAAUGACGAGAACAAACGAGCAAUUAAAAAUGCCGGUGGUGUACCAGCACUAAUUAGCCUACUACGACGUACAUCAGACGCUGAUGUCAAGGAAUUGGUAACUGGAGUUCUCUGGAAUUUAUCAUCCUGUGAGGAUUUGAAAAAAGCUAUUAUUGAUGAUGGCGUUACACUUGUUGUUAAUAAUAUCAUAAUACCACACAGUGGUUGGGAUCCAAGUGCUUCCAAUGGUGAGACAUGCUGGUCAACUGUAUUCAGGAAUGCCUCUGGUGUACUUAGGAAUGUUUCCAGUGCUGGGGAGUAUGCGAGAAAAAAAUUGAGGGAGUGCGAGGGACUUGUUGAUGCACUUCUGUAUGUUGUUAGAUCGGCUAUUGAGAAAUCUAAUAUUGGGAAUAAGAUUGUGGAGAAUUGUGUCUGUAUUCUGAGGAAUUUGAGCUAUCGUUGUCAGGAGGUUGAGGAUCCGAAUUACGAUAAACAUCCGAUACAGACGAUUGUGCAGAAUCGUAUUGCUGCGCCUGUGAAAGGAGAGAAUUUAGGCUGUUUCGGUGGUAGUAAGAGAAGGAAAGACGGCCAGCCAGCGCAGAAGGAAGUGACAACAUCGAAGACGGUAACAACAACAAGAACCGAGCCCGUCAAGGGAAUGGAGCUAUUAUGGCAGCCCGAAGUUGUACAGUGUUACUUGAGUCUCCUUCAAACUUGCUCGAACCCCGAGACCCUGGAAGCGGCUGCUGGUGCAUUGCAGAAUCUCGCUGCGUGCUACUGGCAACCGAGCAUUGAGAUACGUGCAGCUGUGCGUAAGGAAAAGGGUCUACCAAUAUUAGUAGAACUACUGCGUAUGGAGGUUGAUCGCGUGGUAUGUGCAGUGGCAACUGCACUGAGAAAUCUCGCUAUCGAUCAGCGGAAUAAGGAGCUCAUCGGAAAGUACGCUAUGAGAGAUUUAAUCCAGAAAUUGCCAUCUGGUAAUAAUCAACAUGAUCAGGGCACUAGUGACGACACCAUUGCUGCUGUUCUUGCAACUUUAAAUGAAGUUAUCAAGAAGAAUGCUGAAUUCUCGAGAUCUCUGCUGGAUGCGGGCGGGGUCGAGAGGCUCAUGAAUAUUACGAAACAGAGGCAGAAGUAUACGGCCCGUGUUCUCAAAUUUGCCGGACAAGUAUUAUUCACAAUGUGGCAGCAUGCAGAGUUACGUGAGGUGUAUAAGAAGCACGGAUGGAAGGAGGCUGAUUUUGUUACGAAAACGGUUGCUGCUCGCAACAGUUCCGGCCUCAAUUCACCAAAUAAUGCAAACAGUUAUGAUUUCAGCACAUUGAAUAGGCCCAUGGCAAGCCAGGGUAGCACCCGAUACGAAGACCGGACUAUGCAAAGAUCGAACAUGAAUUCGAAUAAUAUCGGACGGUCUAACGUAUAUCAAUCCGGUUAAUCAAUUUUUCAAGAAUAAAGUUUAAAAAAAAACAAACGCUCAGUGGUACUACAUAUAAAAGACUCCCUGUAAUUUAAAGUAUAAAAACGAAAAAAAAAAACAGAAUCAUGCCCAUGAAGAGUCUUCUUCACGUUGCAUCGAUAAGCUAAGGAAAGUGAAAUUAAUAAUCAUAAAAGAAACAAAACGGCAUAACUAAUUUACACAAGUGAGCAUUAAAGGAGCUGAAGACGAUGAAAGGAAUAUAACACUGUGGUUCAUUUUCUAUCAUAAUUUUUAUUCAUUAUUUUAUUUACACGAACUAUUAUGUGGGUAGAUCUAGUGAUACAACAAUGAAAAGAGAAAAAUCAUCUUCCGAAAACUUCACGUCAACAGUUCCUAAGUAAUAGGUACUAAUAAUAAUCCAUCUAGAGGUACAUUUUAACAAAAAAAAUAAUUCAUUAUUUUACGUUAAUGAUGACAUAACGUAGGGAAAUCAUCUUUAUAACUCGAACUAAAAUUUGAUAUGCAGCUCUUCGAAAAUAUACAAAUUGCAUAAUUUUUAUUCAAGUAUUUCUCACUAAUGGACUAAAAGAACUAUUAUUUGCGAUUUCACCCUUCCAUCGCAAAGGUCUCCUCCACACUGCCCCAUCGUUCGCCCCCCACCCCAAUCCAUGAGAAGGAAAAACCAAUAAUGGGUGGAAAUAAAAAUGAUUGGUGCACACGUGGAGAGAGCGAUGGAGGGGGGAAUUUUUGUCAUUGAAUUACGAAAAAAAGACAGUUGCAUGACUCAUAAAUAUACACGUACAUGUAUAUAUAAACCUAUGUAUAUAUAAUAACUCGCAGCAAUAUAAAAUCAAUGAUAAAUAAAUAAAACCUACUACAACUCUUUAUAUGUCUAACGCAAGGUGACGAGCAAAUGGAAAAAAUGAGGGAAAUGUGUUCUACAUGCAUUUUAUACACAUUUGUCAUAAUUAAAACUAAACGAACAAAAAAAAAUGAAUACAUAUUGUAAUAGACACCAUUUAGGAGGAAAGAUGAAAGACUCGCAUGCAUAAGAAUUCUCAUACUUUCUUUUAUAUUAAAUGUGUACUUUAUCGAGAAAGUAGGGAGUAUGAAAAAUAUAACGAAACAAUUAAAGUAAUAAUAAAAGAAUAAAAGAC